AAUUUAUUAUUUUCUAAUAAAAAUGUUGUUAUGUGCUUCUCAGGAAGGGAAAAUGAAUCCAAAAAUUAGUUAUGCAAUAGACUACAAGGGGCAACCUGCUGAUAAGACGAAAACUAGAGGAUGGCUGUCUGCAGCUCUUAUUCUAAUUGUUGAGGCAUGCGAGAGGUUCACAACAAUGGGAAUUGCAUGCAAUCUUGUGACUUAUGCAGCUGGGACAAUGCAUCUUCCUAGUGCAACUGCGGCCAAUAUCGUAACGAACUUUUCUGGUGCAACAUAUAUGGUGUCUUUGUUCGGAGGUUUCAUGGCAGAUACUUUCUUAGGCCGGUAUUGGACAAUUUCCAUUUCCGCAAUGAUUGAAACACUGGGUGUUGCCCUUUUAGCAAUAUCGACCAUAGUGCCAGGACUACAACCACCUCCUUGUAACAAUGGAAGUAAUACAUGUGUAGAGGCAAAUGGAUUACAAGUUGGAGUCAUGAAUAUUGCUUUAUACAUAGUUGCAGUGGGAGCGGGUGGACUUAAAUCCAAUGUAUCAGGAUUUGGAACUGAUCAAUUCGACGCGAAAGAUGAAAAGGAAAGAUCCCAAAUGGCUUACUUUUUCAGUAGAUUUUAUUUUGUUAUCAGCCUUGGAACUCUUCUUGGUGUCACAAUGGAAAUCUACAUACAAGACUAUGUCAGCCGAGCUUGGGGUUAUGGGAUUUGUAGUAUCGUAUUCUUUGUUGGUAUCAUGGCGUUUUUGUCACGGACUAGAAGAUACAGGUACAAGAAAUGCAUGGGAAGCCCCAUUAUUCAAAUUCUCCAGGUUUUGGUGGCUUCUGUAUGUAAAAGGAACCUCAAAUGUCCAAGUAUUGAUACCUUAUAUGAUGACUCCACCAAAGAUGCAAGAAUCCAUCACACAGACCAACUUCGUUGCUUGGACAAGGCUGCAAUCAUAGAUGAAAAAGAAUCUGGGACCAACGGUUCUGUGAUUCAAAACCCUUGGAAACUAUGUUCAGUCACUAAGGUAGAGGAGGUGAAAAUGAUGGUUAGACUAAUACCAGUUUGGGCCUCAACAAUCUUUUUUUGGACCAUACAUGCGCAAUUGCUUACCUUCUCUGUGGAGCAAGCUUCAACAAUGGAUAGAUCAAUUGGGAACUUUCAAAUCCCUGCAGGCUCAUUCAAUACCUUCUAUAUUGCCGGCAUAUUGGUUUCUUCUGUAUUUUACGAUCGGAUUAUAAUUACCAUGAUGAAGAGAUGGAAAGGGAAACAUGGUUUAAUUGACAUGCAAAGAAUAGCCAUUGGCAUUGUCUUUUCAAUUGUAGCCAUGAUAGUUGCUGCAAUCGUGGAGACAAGACGAAUAUCUGUCGCUAAAUCUAUGGGUGGCAAUGUUACAACGUUGCCUUUGAACUUCGGCAUAUUGAUACCGCAGUUCUUCCUUGUUGGUGUGGGAGAAGCAUUCAUGUACAACGGUCAGCUUGAUUUCUUUAUAACCAGAGCUCCAAAAGGAAUGAAGUCGAUGAGCACUGGGCUUUUCCUUUCGACUGUGGGCCUUGGGUUUUUUGUUAGCAGCUUGUUGGUGUCCAUAGUCAACAAGGUUACAGGAACCCAAGUUGGUCGUGCAUGGCUAACCAGUAACAUAAACUAUGGGAAAUUAUACUAUUUCUAUGCUCUUCUAGCCGUGUUAAGCUUCAUAAACUUGGUAUUCUUUGUUCAUUGUGCCAUAUGGUACACGAGGACAAAGAAAAAUGAUGUACAAAUUGAAAGCAUUGUUUCAAGUUCUGAAGAAGAAGAGAAACAUGCUGUGCAGAUGGAGGGCAUCCGUACAACUUCUGCACAGGAAGAUUGUUAA